CACACUUCUUCUUUCACCUUAUUAACCUUAACCCACGCCCGAAGAAACUAUAUCUCUAAAAGCCCAACCCUUUCUACAUACAGAGACUACACACUCGCAACAGCCAAUUUUUUUUAUUUUUAUUAAACAAAAAAGAGAAGAAAAAAAAAGCACUGAGUUUUUGUUUCAUUCAUUUUCGAUUUCAAUGGCGAGGCCUAAUCAGGAGGCAGUUGAGACGUUCGUCAGUAUCACCGGCUUGCCUGAAGCAAUAGCGUUGCAGAAACUCGAGGAACAUGGUGGUAAUCUCAAUGAAGCAGUCAAUGCACAUUUUAGUGAAGGAGACAGAAAUCUAAUGACAGGUUCUCACAACAGCUCUACUGCAUUUCCUCAAGAUGAUUUCAUGGAUAUAGAUGAUCAACAUGAUGCAGAAAUUCACAGACCCCCAUCAUUUCCGGUUUCAGCAGCAAAUCUCAAUCCGUUUUCUCUUCUCGAUUCAACAAUUGGGAGAGGUAUAUUUGGUACUCAUCUUGAUUCAACAGUCCAGGCACCAUUUGUUACACAUCCAAGAGAGGUAAGGGAGAUUCCUAUAGAGGUUAAGGAUGGUAAUCAAUCCACUUCUCAAGCUGGUCAUGUUCCGACCAUUGAAGAUGUCACUGGAAUUGAGGCCCAUGGUCCAGAUAUCCAUGGAACUGUUAUAAUCAAUGAUGAAGAUGAUGAUGAUACUCUACCUGCCCAAGUUGCACAUCAAGAUGAGCAAAGACAUAAGAUAUUGGCUGAUACUUCACUUGGUAGCAGUGCUAGACCUAGUGCUCCUGAAUCUGAAAAUUUACCUGAUUCUAGCAAUGACAUAGAAGAAGAAAUGCUUCGUGCAGCCAUUGAGGCUUCUAAGCGGGAGGCUGAGGAAAAUUACAGAAAUCACAAACUUGGUGGACAAAUUGACUCAAAUGAAUCAGGACCACAGUCAAAGCAAUCUUAUUUGGAGGAUCCGGAGCUUGCCCAUGCAGUUUCAUUGUCCCUGAAGACGGCUGAGCAAGAAAAGGCAUGGCGUGUACAUGGAGGAGAUUUUGAACCACAAACAGUAGGACCAUCUAAAUCAUUGGAGGUUGGACUAGGGGAAGUGGCAUCAAAUGGAAGAUUGCAGGCUGGAAACUUGUCCUUCCAUGAUGAAGCCGAAGAUGUAGAGGAGCAGCCACUGGUUAGGAACAGAUCUAGACAUAUGUCUUCGGGAUCCACAGGAUUGGACAAAGAUGUUGAAUUUGGUGAAGCUAGCGCACUGCCAAGCACAACAACACUGGAUAGCAGUAAUCCUGAUCAUAAUGGAAAUUCCUUCCCCUCUGAUGAGUGGGGUGGCAUUUCUUCAGAGGAGCAUGAUGAAGCAGUAAUGCUUGAAGCUGCAAUGUUUGGUGGAAUUCCAGAAGGGAGUGGGUAUCACUAUGCUUAUGCACCACAUGAGUUUAUGCAAAAUAGGGGUUCCAAUCCUCGGCCCUCAUAUCGCCCACCUUCACCAUCACUGGCUGCUCAGCGCUUGAUAAGGGAGCAACAGGAUGAUGAAUAUCUUGCAUCAUUGCAAGCAGACAGAGAAAAAGAAUUGAAGGCCAUGGAGGAAGCUGAGGCUGCUCGUGAAGAAGAAAGGCAGAGGGCGGAAGAAUCUCGCAGGAAAUUGCAAGAAGAGCAGGAAUUGGAAACCAAGUUAGCAGCCAAAGAAGCCUCAUUACCACCAGAACCAUCAGCAGAUGAUGAUAAUGCUGUGAACUUGAUGGUAAAAAUGCCAGAUGGUAACCGUCGUGGACGUCGGUUCCUAAGAUCUGAUAGGCUACAGUCUCUGUUCGACUUUAUAGAUAUUGGUAGGAUGGUGAAACCAGGCAGUUACAGACUGGUGAGACCAUAUCCUAGGCGUGCUUUUAGUGACGGAGAGAGUACUGCCACACUGGUUGAACUUGGCCUCACCAACAAGCAAGAAGCUUUGUUUUUGGAGUUAAUCUAAUGCCUUGAUGCAAUUUGCUACAAACAAGCUAUUGAAGUUUUUAGUUUUAUUAAAAAUCAAAAUUACAAUAUGAAUCACAAUACACAGACGGAUGUGGCAUUUUAAUUGGGUUUCUACUGUUUGGUGAUGCAAUUUAUAAAUUUACAGAUCUACAAGAUCAGUACAGUACCAUUAGUUUUACUUGUGAUGACUAAA